GCCAGCUCUCAGCACAUGAUCCUCUGAAUAAGGAGCCAUGGGGAGGAGGGAGGAUCAGUCCUGACAGUGACUGCACACACAGAGGAGGGGCCAUCUCAGACACGUCAGGACUAAGAGACCCUGAGAAAGUGAAAGGAAGCGGACACACACAGCAACAGGACCAGGACACUAGCCACAGGGAGCACGGGAGGCCACACUGUCUGUGCCAAGAGUGCCAGCCUGCUCACUGCCAGCACUCAUGUCCCACUCACUGGCAGCCUUCACUGUGAGUACCACUUUAAAUCCCACUUUGUUUAAAUCCCCCUGGUCUGGUAUCUGCUUUGGUAAAAGUGCCCCAUGAUGUGACCCAGUGAUGAUGGCAUGCAAUUGGCAUUGUACACUCAGACUGUAAAUACCACGCAGGGGUAGUUUUGUAUUCAUGGUUGCCAUCCCCAGCAUAUCGGGUCUCUUUCUCUCUGUGUGUGAUUUUUGGGGAUUCGGUGUUUUAUGGAUGCCCAGUGGCACUGUUUGCAGUGAGAUGUGAUUUAGGUCUUACAGGUGCUAGGGACACUGUCCUACCUCUGAGCCAACUCUGCUGUGAUUUUGCUCCCUUUUGUAGUCUUUUGAAUGAGUGCAUUAUUAUUUAUGCAUGCUUACUGCAAUCAAGAAAACGGAGGAAGUAGUUUUAUACCUGUACUAACAUGAGAAAUACCUUUUUUUUCUUUUUUUUUUUCUUUUUUCUUUUUUUUAAGUACAACAGACAUUUGGUCAUUCCAUAAGUUAGUGUUGCCUUUAUUGUUACCUAUUGAAAUGGUCCAGUUGGAAUUUUGCAGCAUAAUUAUAAAAAUUAAAAAUUCUAACCUAAUGCUUACCGCCAGUGCCCUAUUGUUUUAUUAAAGUAAAGAUGUUUCAGGAAGGAACUUUGGUUGUAUGUUUAUCAUUAUAUGCUAGUAAUGACUCAGUGUUGUAUCAUUUUUGGGAAAUAGAAAACUUUUUUUAGUAUUUUAGUAUCCUGGUUUACUAUUCAGUCUAUAGGUCUUAUCUACUGUAUUACUACUCCCAUUAAGCUUUAUGUCAAAGUAUGAAAUUAUGUGUUUCUAACCAUUAUAGUUUUGAACACAUUGAAGGUUUUUUUUUAAUGCAUGCAAUAGUUUAAUAAUUGUACAUAUUUAUGACUCUGUUUAAUAUUUACACACAUUAUCUUGCUGUGUUCAACAUAUAGGCACAUUAUUUAAAGGAACACUCCCAACCCAUAACAACUUUAUCUCAAUGUAGUUGUUAGGAGGACAGGAGUGCCUGUGUGCUAGUUUUCCUUCGGGGUUUAAACGGUUUCGGAUUGUUUAAUCCUGAGGUUAGUUCACCAGCACCCAUCAGUGCUGCCUUUCUCACUUGUAAGCUUUGAUCAGCCUCUAGGCAAACUUCCUCGUUUUAGACUUUCAGUAAUUAAAACACGUUUAGUGUUGCAAUGCUUAAAGUUUCUCUAUAAAAAGCAUUUGAUUGGCAGAGCUUGGUGAUACUCGUCAGUCUUCCCUGUUCUGGGUUGUUUACUGUUUUUUUUGUUUUGUUGUUUUUUUAGGAAGGGGACAUGUAUUCCAAGUAAUGAACACAUAUAUUUAAAGAAACACUAUAGGGUUAGGAACACAAACAUGUAUUCCUGAUCCUAUAGUGUUAAAACCAUCUAGCCCACCUGGCCCCCAGCCCUUCCUAAAUAUAGUAAAAUCUUCUUUUUAGUCAAGAUUGCUGCUGCUGGCUCUCCUCCUGAUCUGCCUGCUUGGCUAACAUCAUCAGAAGUGAUUAUUUGAGCCAAUCACAAUGCUUCCCCAUAGGAUUGGCUGAGACUGUCAAGGAGGCAGAUCAGGGGCAGAGCCAGCACAAGUCAAACACAGCCCCGGCCUAUCAACAUCUCCUCAUAGAGAUGUAUUAAAUCAAUGCAUCUCUAUGAGUAAAGUUCAGUGUUCCCAUGCAGAACACUUCCCCAGGAGGCACCUCUAGCAGCCAUCUGAGGAGUGGUCAGUGAAGUUGUCCCUAGGCUGUAAUUUAAACACCGCAUUUUUUCUGAAAAUACAAAUGUUUACUGCAAGAAGCCUGAAGGGAAUGAUUAUAUUCACCAGAACAAAUACAAUAUGCUGUAAUUGUUCUGGUGGCUAUAGUGUUCCUUUUAAUAAGACACUACAAGCACCAUAACUCCCAAUGUUCCUAGUUUAGAUUAUUUUGCAAGGAAAUCUGCUAUUUAUUUGCAAUCGGCUCUUAUCAUUUGCAGAAAUCCGUGCAACUGUAAGUUCCCCCCUUAUGUUCGAGCAAUGCUUGCCAAGCACGGUUUACCAUGUAAUUUCACACACUCGUGUACACAGUCUUGACUAAUUACAUAAAAAAAAUAAAAAAAAGACAUGGCAAUUUCUUUUUAGCAAUUACCUUGCGCAGAAAACAUUAAUGAAGUAUACUGCAGUGGGGCCAAAAAAACUGACAGUCGAAUGUGAAAUCAUGGACUAUCUAAAAACGAUAUGAAAACCCAUAGGGACACAACAAUUGCCAUAUAUUUCUCAGCCUUUUCCUGGUCCAGAGCAUUUGCUAUAAACGCAAUACCUGCACAAAUAUUUAUGCUCUGUUUCUAUAUUCACUGAAUGGCAACUGGAAGUUUUGGAUUUACUUUCAGAGAUUUGCAGUGUAAAGGGUUGGAACUCUUUGAGAACAUAUGAAUGAAUAGCUGAGACUUGGCUAUUGGGGUGGAAAUGCCUUUAGUAACGGUCAGGAAGACAGCCACUAAAGGCAUGUUAACCAUGCAACUGUAAACUUUGAUGUUCCUGCAAAGUGUCAGCGUAUUCAUUUGGAGAGUUAAAAAGAUGGGGGCAUGCCACCCAGACCAUUUCAUUGGGAUGAAGUGGUCUGGGUGCGUGCCUAUAAAGUCCCUUUUAUUGCAUACAGCUUUUGUUACACAUGUCAGCAGCUUGAUAUCAAUAAGACUAUGCAGAUUGAUUGUUGGAGUUGUGCAGCCUCUAGGAAAGUCUUGUCCUCUUGCAUGUAUACGAAGGCUGUGCAGCUUCUUAUAAUUUGACAAGUCUUACAGGUUUUUUUUUUUCCGUUUUUUUUUUCUCUUGUUAUAAAAUUUAGAUCUGAACUGUUAAAAAGCACAGGCUCUCUCUCAGUCUGAGGAAGUCAACUGUGAUUAGAAAGUAUAAACAGUCAUCAUUUAUGGCUCCUUCUAUGUAAUGCAAUACUCACACUGCUACAGUCUUUUGGCACUGGUGCUUUCCGUGACUGUAUCGGAGAGAUUUAUCAAAAUGUGAUUUCAAAAGGGGUAGACCUGUCUCAUAGUUGGACAAUCUAAUCUGGACUUUGGAAUCCAAUAGAAGCCACCAGAACAUUUAGUUUAUUGCUCUCUGCUUUUACCAUUUUACAUCUAUUUCUUAUUUGGGAUAAUGGUAAAUCUACUCUUGGUUUUCAAAUUUACUUGGUUCUGAUUAUUGAAAGCAUAGUAGAUUGCUACAGAUAUUUGAUAAUUUGACAUUCUAGUGCAAUUAAAGGAAAUGUUAUAAUAUUCCUUUAAAUACAUUUAAACAAAGCACGUUUUUUUUGUGUGUACUCUUUCAUGUUUAUCACUAAGUAAAACCCCAGCAUGCAGCGUUUAGGAUAGCAAUGAACGUAAUAAAGGAAAUUAAACGUAUUAGCAGGCCUUAGGAUAGCUGGACUUAACAUUAGACCGAGAGAAAAGCAAGCCGAGGUCAGGAUAACGGAGAGCAAAAACAAGAACUAGCCAGAAUCGGGUACACGGUAAUCUGUCAAACAAGCAAACACAGGAAAGGGUUAAACAUAUAUACAGGAUCAGUAACAAGGCCAAGUUCAAUACCAAGGAAUCAAGAAAUGCACUAAAGAGUACUGGGGACAGAAACCACAAUAGGGCACAGAAGAUAAAAAAAAAAUUUAAUGUGCACCUCCCAACCCCCAUUUUACACACAUUACAUACCUACACAAACACACACUGCAUUCACUGUACACACACUGCAUUCACUGUACACAGUACACAAACACACACUACAUUCACUGUACACACACUACACAAACACACACUGCAUUCACUGUACCUACACUAAACAAACACACACUGCAUUCACUGUACCUACACUAAACAAACACACACACUAAAUGCAUGACACAAACACACACUCCACAUUCACUACAUCUAAUAUACACAAACAGCCUUCAAUAUACACACAUUACAUCCACUACACACUCUGCAUUCACUAUAUACACCACAUCUAAUACACACUCUGCAUUUACUACACACACUGCAUCUAAUAGACACAAACACAACAUCCACUAAACAAACACACACACACUCUGCAUUCACUAUACACACACUCUACAUCCAGUACACAAAUACACACACCACAUCCCCUUCACAUACGCACUCUGUAUCCACUACACACACCACUAUCUGUAUACACACUGCAUCUCUGGGGGCGGACUCAGUGGUGGACUCGGGGGCGACCCUGUGGGUGGACUAAAAGUAUAUUUUUCAUUUUAAAUUCAAAUUUUUAAAUAUUUUAAUCUUAAAGUGGACUUGAGCUUUUUUUGUUUUUCAGUGUUGAGCAACAAUUGAACUGAUCCCAGAGAGAAACAGUCUCCAUUCCUUAGAGCAGUGUGAUUAUUAUUAAAAUCGUUUAAUAGCCAGUUAGCACAUCCUUUUAUGCUAUAACUACAUUUAAAAUAUUAUAAUCUUUUUUAUUUUAUUUUAUUUUUUUAAAGGAUUGUGUUUAAAGAGGAUUAUAAAAAAGGUUAUAACAUUUAAAGAGACACCCAUUUAUAAAUGCAUUAAAGGGAUAAUGCAGUAAAAUAGAUAAUAUUUUGAAAGUCUUUCUUGUGCACCAUUUCCCAGGCAAAAGUGUCUGAUGUUUUCUGCCAAUCCUCUGACUUCUAUAACUUUUAGUUUUUUGUUUUUUUCUCUCACUUUGAUAAAAAACAAUUGCCAGAAUAAGGUUGCCAGUUAGAAAUAAUAUAGCAUUGUCUUAUAUAUACAUUGGCAAGUGUGAGAUUCUCUUUUUAUUUUGUAAGUUUUCCGUAGUUUCUUAAUAAAUUGGCUGUAGUAAUACAAAUUAAUGGUAAAUGAGUGAAGGACUUUUUGUGCUAUAUAGUCCUUCUUUAUUCCCCAUAUAGCUGAUUACUUGCGAACGACAUUACAUAAUUAUUUCCAAUUUAGCUCCUGGUUAACGAGAACUGCAUCCAAUUCUUGGACACGAUCUGCUUGGAUCUACCAACCUGUCUAUUGUGUACAAAUGUUUAAUAGAACUAACUGAUGCUUUCUUUCAUUCAUUGUAUACUGUAUAUUACAUUUCAUUUGUACCAAGUAUUAUUGCUAUAGAACAAUGUAUAAAAACAAGCUCUCUGUAUGUCAGUACAGGUUUGGAAAAUAUAAUUUGCCUAUUGAAUUUUUCCAUCUGCCUUUAAACUGUCUGAAUAUCAUUAGACGGAUUUCUUUUAAAAACAGAUGUCACUUGUUUAAUGGAUUUUGUAAAAUACAAUUUUGUGUUUAUUUUGUGGUGAUGAACGUUCCCUAGAAGCUAUUUGUAAUGUAAGCAAUAUCUUAUCUACUUUUUUUUUCUUUUAAAAUUACCCUUUAGCACUCACUUAAUACUUACACCCACAGUUAUUUUAGCCAAUACGUAUUAAAUUCCUUGAGGACUGCUCUGUUUAUCUUGAGGAAUGCUGACCAUAGCAAUUCUCUAUGACCUUUAUCUAAAAUUGGAAUAAAUGAACUAGGUAAUAAUCUGUCAUCAUUAAAUGUAUAUAUUUGUUCUGCAUGUGUCUGUACAUUGUAUUUCAUUACAUAACUUUAGUUUAGCUCUAACAUUCAACCAGAAAAGAUCAGAACAAAAAAACUGAACUGCUGUUUGUCUGAAUUUGGUUCAGGUUGAUUGAUCAACAUCCCAAACUCUGAGCCAAAAUUUAGCCAAAUCACAAAACAGACAAGUUGCACAAUGGCCAAUCAUGUUCGUUUUUAUUUGUGAUGUUAUUUCUGCCUGCGGGUAUAAAAUAAGAGAUGAUUAAAGGGGGAAGAAAAAGAUGAUUAUUGGAUAGCGCACUGUCACUAAAUCACUAAAUAUUGAUUUUAUUCACAGGUCUAGUGAGAAUUGAGCAAGAGAGAGAAAAAGUAAAAAAUAAAAUAAAUAAAGCAGUAAAUAAAAAUAAAUAUAUUCUCUUUUAUUUAAAAUAUAUAGAAUUUUAGUUUUUACUGCUCCCUCCUCGUUUUCCCUCUGUUGGCUACUUUUUCUCACUGUGAACCAAAUGGCAGCCAGCACGUUACAUACAGCCCAUACGCAUUAGGUAUAGCCAGCAGCCGGGGGGGAGAGGGAGGGGAGAGAGGGUGAAACGAGAGUGGGUGAGAUGAGGGAAGGAGAGAGGGGUGGAGGGGGAGGGGAGAGGGGAGAGGGGAGAGAUGGGAGAUCACUUUGGGGGGUGUGGGGACAUGAGAGAGGAGAGACCAAUAACAGACAGGGGAGAGCUCUAAGGGAUUGGGGGGCAGGGGAGAGCAACAAGGGACAGUGGGGCAGGAUACAGCAGUAAGGGACAGGGUGGGAGAGCACUAAGGAACAGGGGAGAUCCCUAAGGGACAGUGGGGCAGGGCAGAGCUCUAAGGGACAAGAGGGGAGAGAGGCUGAGGAAGGAGGGAAAGAGAGGCAAAAAGGAGCUGGUAGGACUCAGCCCCUAUCCUACCCCACAAACUCUCUAUUUCACACUACACACACACAAUGCAUCCCUGUACAUACACAGAAACACACAAUGCAUCCAUACACACUCAGAAACACACCAUGCUUCCCUUACACACAGAGAAACACACACACAAAGCAACCCUUACACACAAAGACAAUGAACCUCCUUGCACACAUACACAGAAACACACACUGCAUUCCUUACACACAGAAACACACAAUGCAUCCCUUACACACACUGAAACACAAUGCAUCUUACACACACUCAAUGCACCCCUUACAGAUACAUACACUGCAUCCCUUACAUACACAGAAACACACAUUACAUCCCUUACACAUAUAAACGAAGAUCAACACAAUGCAUCCCUUACACACAUCCAGAAACACACAAUACAUCCUUUAUACACAAACACACACUGCUUUCUAUCCCUUACACAAAAACACACUGCAUCCACUGCAUCACCGACAUAAACUGGUGUCCCUAUACACUACAUUCCAUAAGCACACACUUUAGAUCCUCUACAAUAACACAUCCCCUACCCACUCCACCACAUGUGAGCGAACUCAUGGGUGGAACAUAUAGGUGGACUUAUGGAUGGGCCUUAUGGGCAUACUCACAGUCAGGCCCUGGGGGCCCAGACCUUGAGCUGUGCAAGGGGCCCAAAAAAACACAGCUGCUUCCCAUUUUCCCAGAACAUUGACUUUUGUGACCACAGUUACAAACAGCCUCCAGAGAGCCCGUUCUACACCAGACCACUGGAGCCAGACGGCAGCCAGAGCCCAUCAUCAUCCUCAUCUGGUUGUAAGUAGGCAAUCCAGUAUAUUAUUAGUGACACUAAUCUCUAAUUUACCUCACAUUAAAGGGACACUAUAGUCCUCAGAACCACUGCACCUUAAUGUUCUGGUGUCUAUAGCCUGUCCCUGCAGGCUUUUUAAUGUAAACACAUACUGUGUGCAGCACUGGCGUUAGUUCAUAUGCCUGUUUAUAUGGGUGGGGCAAUGUGAUGUCACUUGGGGAGGUCGGCAGAAAAUUUUUCUUUUGCCUAGGGCGGCAAAAAUCCUUGCACCAGCCCUGUGUGCACAUGGCGGUUAGCACAUAGAAAAAGGAUGACAUUAAACAGCAUACUGACCAAGUGUCCCUAUUUUAAAGCCUAUAUCACUCCGUCCCUCUUUUCUAUCCUAAUGUCCCUUUGUUCUGUGACGUUCAUAUUGGUGGUGUGUCUGAAUUUAUAACAGAGUGCCACACCUAGUAUUCACAGUAAUCUAUCUUUUUAUUUAUUUUUUAAAGUUUUUAUUUUUGCUGGCAAAAGUUAACAAGCAGUCAUGCAUUGCCACAAUAGCAAUUACAGGCAGUUUAAAGCAGACAGGAUCAUGACAUGAUAUAUUACUUCACAAUUUUUAAAUUAAUUAAAACAUACCAUUAUCGAGGGUAUGUCAUUGGAUAGAUGAGAAGUCCUAGCGUUAUAACAGGGCACAUAUCCUUGCGUUUUAGUUACGAGAGACAUAUUAACUUGCUAGGUAAACUUUUCUUAGGAAAGUAGAACAUAAACAAAGAGUGGACUGGUACUGCAAAGAAUAUAAAAAGCAAAUAGAGUCAAAGCAAAGAAAAUACAGGAGUUCACCAUAUGAAAAGUGAGCCAGUAGGAUGUCUUCGGGGCAGCCACCGUGAGCCCCCUGCAUCUUCACCCGAUCCCCAGCUUGAGUAGAGACUGCUGGGCACUCAGACACCUCGAGUAUAGGCGUGUGUAGCAUGGGAGCACGUAUGGUGAGCCUUACUCUGAUGUCCCCAGAUCCGUGCUACUGCUGGAGCUGCCAUUUUGAGGAGUUAGUGUACCUGAUUGUUGGGCUUUGAGUAGCAUCAGGGCUGGAGAGCUGGCUAGCGCCUUGUUCUCUUGGUCACUGCCGUGGAGGCAAAAGUGCUCCGUGAUUAGGCAGGCCUCCAGGAGGCCUUGAGGGCAACGUGGAUUGGAGUGGGUGAGUGGCUUGUGGACAUGUGGCUGAGGUUUGAUAGCAGGUCGGCAGCUUAGACUGCUGUCUUGCUUCUAUUGUGGCCCAGACGCCUGACAGACCUAAGUGCCGCAGCGAGUGAGGGGAGGGUAAUCCGGUGCAGGAAAGUACUGAGGCCGGUACCAAUCGAUUUGCCAGAUUCCCCACCAUGCAGUGAGAAACUUGGUAGCUUAGAGCAGAAAACUGUAUUUUGGAAGGAAUAAAGCUUAUUUAGCAGUUGUUGCACAGGAGCUCGCCUUACAUGCGUCCACUCUGCUUGCCAGUCAGGCUCUGCCCCAGUAAUCUAUUUUUAAACUACAAAUGUGUUUAGAAAUCAAUCUGUGUAAAUAAUAUACAUUGUUCUUGUUUUAAAUUAAAUUUUUGUUGCAUAACUUGUUAUGAGUGACUCACCUAAAAUUCCUCAAGAGCCCUGCCCAGGCCACUCCACCACUCACACCUCUAAAAUGAAAGUGUCCUUUUUUUUGUCCAUUUGGAAUGUUGCGUGGUAUGAAACAGUGUUUCUAUAUAUCUUCCUCAUUUGCAAAGUUCGCUCUUGUUUGUACUGAAUUAUAAAGUUGUUUACAAAAUCUUUAAUAUAAAUAAAUCUCAUGGAAAAACAGGUUAACACGGUAUAGGUGAUGUCAGUGCUUUUAAAAAAAUUUUAGUUUAAAUUACAGAACUGGGGAGGUGCAAAAAAUGGAUGAAUAUAGAAAGAGGAAAAGGCAUGUGGUGGCAAGGAUCAAUGUUUUAUGAAGCGUUUCAUGCUUUGCAGCUCUGUGCAGGGAGAUAACCCCCAGAGCUCCCCCUGAAAGUAGCAUACAGUCUAAAUGGAUAUAUCUUUUCAGACAAUGUGAAGACAUUGACAAGGUAUGGCUAUGGCGGUGUAAAUAAAGUUUUAUAUAACUACUAAGUAGCAGAGAGACUGUAUGGCCAGAAUUUAUGCACCAAAUCUGCUUCCUUAAAUUGAUAUGGUUUUGGUCUUUAGACUGACCCUUUAAGGCUUUUCCAUCAAACCAUGUCUCUGCAAAGCUCCAGUUAUGAAGAUAAUUCAGAGGAUGAAUGGUAGUUAAGGUGGACACUCAGCUGGAGUGUCUUAUUUUUACAAUGAGGUUCCUGUGACCGACCAUCACUUAGUAGAUAGAUAUGCCAAUGCUACGACUUAAACAUGGUUUAAAAGACAGACGUUCUUGUCAUAUUUAUUAAUAGUUAUAUGUUGAUGUAAAAAGAUUGAAAACCUAUGAAGUGUUUCAACAGAUUAAAAAAAUAAACAAUAUAUAAAAUAUAUAGGUUUACUUUUUGUUUCAGUCUAAACUGCAGCCAUUGUAUCAUAACUACCAACAGUGGGAGGUAUGAAAUAUACAAAGGGUUGUGUGGGCCUAUGGCAAGGCGAAGGAGUGUUCCAACUAGGAAAGUGCAGGAUAGCUUGAAAAAAGGGUGCUUGUAAGCAUAGUACACAGGCAGAUCACUUUUAAAUUCUCAGGGCAUUGCCUUAAUUCUUUGACAGCAUAUUGCAUAGGUCAUGUGUGUCUUUUGAUGAGUUUGUUCUGUGCUGUGCUGAAUGCAUGCCCUUUCCUGGUGCCCCAGAUGUGGGACCCCUGGAAACUAACCUGGGAUGGUUUGACAGGGCCCAUUUUCAGAAUGACACCACCAAACCCAAAACAAUUUAAAGAUAAUGUAUGAUUUUUCUACAUGAAUGUCACUUUCUUUUAUAAUAAUAAAAACCGUUGAAAUGGAAUUUUAAAAGAAAUUGAGGAAAUUAAUGCAUGAAUAAAGUGGCACGUAAAGUUGACUAAUGGCAUAUAUUAGUAUGGUAAAUUCUUAGCUGAAUGUACCUGUAAUAACUCUGCGUUUACAACUUUUCUUGGAAAGAUACACACCGGCGUUAUAAUGGUAUGCUGACGUGUAAAUAUAUCUGAACUCCACCCUUAUAGUAUUUCUGUAACCUUUGCUGCAGCUUAACACUCCUGCAUCCAAUGAUAUCUAGCACAGAGUUAUAAAUUAACUCAUACUUUAAUAGCUGCUGUAAAGGGAUUGUCUAUGUCAAAUCUUAACCGUUCAUAGUUUUUAAUGCAUUACUUAAAGGGACAAUAUAAUUACCAAAACAAUUACAGCUUAAUAUAGUUGUUCUGGUGUCUUCUGCCUGUCCCUGCAGGCCUUUUUCAUGUAAACAUCAGAGAAAAUGCAGUGUUUACACUGCUGCCUAGGGAUACCUCCAGUGGCUGUCAUUCAGACGACCACUAGAUGUGAUUUCUGGGUCACUGAUGUUCAGUGUCUCCAAGCUCUGCAUAGUCCCUUAGCAGGGGAAUUAAUGGAUAAGUAGUUUAUCCAAGACAAACAGGUCUAGUAACCGCAUAGGAUGAUAGGAACUGCUCAAUAAACUGAUAACAGCUAUAACACAGCUGAUACACAUUCAUACACAGCCUAGUUGGUAUUUAGUGAACUCAGUUGUGUUUUACUAUCAGGAAAGCCAUGAGCCACACAGGGACAAUCAUAUUGAAGUGGUUAUAGUGCCUGUCCCCCACCCCCCCCACGCUUACUCGGUGCGGGUCGGGGCCGCAACACAUGGCGGCGGGCACCUGGUCGCAGGGAUUGCAGGGCUGCGACCGCGGUAUGCACACACACUUAAAGGACCACUACAGACACCCAGAUCACAUCAGCUCAAUGAAGUGGUCUGGGUGCCAGGUCCCUCUAGUUUUAACCCUGCAGCUGAAAACGGCUAUGUUUCACUGAGGGUUAAUCCAGCCUCUGGUGGCUGUCUCAUUGACAGCUGCUAGAGGAGCUUCCACGAUUCUCACUGUGAAAAUCACAGUGAGAAGACACUGAACGUCCAUAGGAAAGCAUUGAGUAAUGCUUUCCAAUGGGCGGUUUAAAUGCGCGCGCGCUUUUGCCGCACAUGUGCAUUCGAAGCUGAGAGGCGGAGGGAUCCCCAGCGCCAAGGGAGUCCGACGCUGGAGAAAGGUAAAUGCUGAAGAGACACACACACACACAUUCUCACAAACAGACGCAUACACACUAGCUAACAGACACACACAUUUACUGACAUACAUACACACUCACUUACAAAGCAUACACUUUCACUGACAAACACACACUCACUAACAGACAUCAAACACACUCAGUAACAGACACCCACAGUAACACACUCACUAGCAGACACACACCCAAUAACAGACACACUCACUGACACACACACACACUAACACAAACAAACAAACACUAACACACACACACACACACACAUUUUUUUUUUAAAUUUAAUCCCCCCCAGCCUCCUUACUUUUUGGAGUGCUGGGGGAAUUCCCUGGGGUCCAGUGGUGCUGCUGGGCAGGUGGCCGGUCGGGCAGGCGGGCGCGCGAGGGAGCACUCAGUGCUUCCUCUUCAGCUCCCUCGCGCGCCGCAUAGGGAUGCCGGAGCCGGAAGAUGACAUCAUCUUCCGGCUCCAGUAUCAGUGCGGUGCGCGAGGGAGCUGAAGAGGAAGCACUCAGGGGAGAGUGCUCCCUCGCGCGCCAGCCACCCGGACAGACAGACAGACAGCCCACCCGCCCGCCCGCCGGGUGUCAGCAGGGCCAGCCUCGGGGUGCCCUGAGGUGGCCGGCUCCUGGGCCCCCCAGGAGAAGAGGCUGGCCCUGUGGGCGCAUACCAGGGUCGCAGGGGCGGCCGGGCCCCCUGGUAUGUACGCCACUGGCUGAAGUGGCAUGUACUCUCUUCCUCCUCAGCCAUACUUCCAAAGGAGACCAGUCUAUGGGCUGCUAAGCACCUUCAUUCAGUGUUAAACCAUUAAAAAAUUGUUUACCACUGAAUAGAGCAACUUACCGGGGGACUGUAGCCACGUUAACGUGAUGAAGUAGCUGUAGUGUCUUGAGUAUUCCUUUAAAAAUGUUAUUGUAGGUCCUUGAAAGAAUCUGUUGCUAUUCUUGUAUUUUGUUAUGAUUCCGCAAUUAUGAACUGCAACCUUCAACAUAUAUGCAAUAAGAAUUAAAUUUGUAUCUUUUUCCCCUCAGACCUGCCAUUUGUGUUAAUUUCUGGUUUGGCUGGGCUACACGUCUCAUGCAAUGAGGAUCCGCCUGAGAAAAUGGCCACUGAUUGUGAAGACAUGCGUUUUAUUUGGACUCUUUAUGAUUACUUAUGUGGUAGUGGAAAUUUCUGUUUCUUCUUUUUACUCUCCUGAGGGUAAGGGGCUUACCACCAAGAGAAGGUGGGAAAGAGAAUUUGCUGUUACGCAAGAGGAAAUGGAGGACUUGAGUCACCCAGUUAAUGCAAAACCACCCCCAGAUCCAAACUCUCCAGGAGAAUGGGGCAAGGCUGCCAGAUUGCAGGUUGGAGUGGAGGAAAAAAAGAUGCAGGACAACAGCAUUGAGAAAUAUGCCAUUAAUAUUUAUUUGAGUGAUAAAAUAUCAUUGCAUCGACACAUACAAGAUAAUAGAAUGUAUGAGUAAGUAUACCUAAUGUGCUUCUAUAUACUAUAUAAUGUUUGCAAUAUCAGAUGUGAUUAUGAAGCCUGAUAUUUAUUCUCAAUGUUCACAAAGCUCUAGACCCCAAAAGACAUGCCUGGCAAAGAUUUAUGGAGGCAGCUCUGUUUUUAACAAAGAUCUGGUUUUACAUUCUUAAUUUUAUCUGACGAGCCAAAUUUGGUCAAUCAGGAUAUUUAUUUUAUUUAUAAAACAUUUUACCAGGAAAGAUUCUUUUGUCCUGGGUCCACAAAUCAUUGCAUUGUUACAUUAGGGUACAAUAAAAUACAAAACCAAUAUUAAUACACAAUAAAUACAAAUUUAAACAUGAAACAGGUAGGAAAUAUAUAAUCAACCAUGACACGUGCAUUCUGUUUUGAGGUAUGUAGAGAGGGAUCUCUUAAAGGACUUUAGGAUUGGGGAAGAAUUUAAAGUGUGCGGGAGGUCGUUCCAUAAUUGCAGUGCUCUGUAGGAAAAGGAUGAUCGGGCCACUUUCUUUUUGUAUUGAGGUAGACUAAAUAAAGUGCUUGUACUGGAUCAGAGGUUAUAGGAGGUGGGAACAGCCGAGGAGAGCAUUCUUCCCAGAAAAGCUCUUAAACACAAGGCUGGGAAGAUGAAGGAUAUACUGUUUUAUGCUGUCUAUAUUGUGAGCUCUAGAGAUCUACAUUUAUCUCAUCUUGAGGAGUUCUUGAGUUCUACAUUCUGGGGCCAUUGGCAUAUGUGCCGGCCCUACAUUCUGUCAUAAACCAAUGGCAGCAGAAACCUGGGAGGUUCAGGAGACAAACAUUUUUUCUCUUUUGUCAAGACACAGUUUAGAUAGAAGCAAAGUUUGAGGAUGCUUAAAUGGAAAAAUGUUUUUACAUUAGUAAGAGGAUUUACCCAUAUCUCCCAAAAUUUAUGGUUAUAUGGUUAUAUUGUUAUGUUUAAAAUGCUACAGGCACUUGCCUGACGUGAACACAGUUAUACGGCUAUGUUGUCAACCUUGAAAAGUUAUUAGGAUAUUAUCGCACCCUUGAUGUGUACUGUUACUAUGGCAUGUAAUAAGAUGACACGGAUCAUGCAACCGCGACUUUUACCCUGCGCAAUGAAAGGGGCUUAGGGGUAGGGGCUCUUCCUGAACACCUACACGUCCACAUACACUCGGCUGGUGCCUAACCACGCAUCCCAACCCACACUCGUGCUUACUCUACACGGCGGAGCCUAGGGGACACCUGUUACCUGAUCCGAUAGACGGGGCGGGACCCAUACGCUCUCACCGUAACACGAGUCACCUUCACGGGGGGUGGUUUUCCUGAGACACCUCUGGUCUCAGUGGUGCAGCCUGCUUACGCGGGCGACUAACUAUCUUCUUUCUUGCCUCUCUCACUUUCCACUGAGUUGUCUUCUCGUCCUCUACUCUGCUUACCCUCACCUUAUCUAUCUCUGAACUUAGACCGAACCCCUUGCAUAGGUCUCUACCUGACCUGCUACGGAGGGUCAUGCCUUCCCCAGGGGUUACCCCGCCACGGCUGGAGGGGAGGAGGGGGGAGAGUAGUGCAAUGGAUACAGAUGGCAGACACGGAACGCAUAACGCCUAUCGCCCCGCUCCUCUGUCUGUCCUCACCCUCAACUGCAGAGGCUUGAAUAUACCAGAACGGCGGACCCACCUGCUGCGGGAACUAAAAAAACAUCGCAUAUCGGUUGCACUUCUACAAGAAACCCACUUUAGAAAGGAUGCUGCCCCCCGACUACAUAAUAGAAACUACCCGUCGAAUUACUUUUGUGACCACCCAUUAGCGCGAAAGGCUGGAGUGGCAAUCCUAAUGGCGGCAGACCUGGAAUUCCAACAGCUAGAUACACUACAUGACCCGCAGGGACGCUAUCUCUUUGUAAAAGGAACAAUUGCAGGUAUGCUUUACACCUUUGCUACAGCUUACGUGCCUAACAGACGACAGGCCCAGUUCCUCAGAGGAAUGAUAAACAAACUAAACGGCUUCUCUGAAGGAACACUGGUUCUGGGGGGAGACUUCAAUGCUCCCCUGGACCCCAUCAUGGACUCCUCAACGGGACACAGCAGUAUCUCGCAACUCAACAUACGCUCUAUGAGGAGGUCACUAGGGGACAUGGAUCUGGUAGACUGCUGGAGGACCCUACACCCCUCUACCAAAGAUUUCACAUAUUACUCGGCGCUACAUAAUCGAUACUCUCGUAUUGAUUAUAUCUUCAUUCGUCAAAUAGGCCUUCAACGGCUGAUAUCUGCCAAAAUAGACCCUGCAACUUGGUCUGACCAUGGUGCUGUUACUAUAGAACUCGAAUCACCCCUCUUUCGACCUUCCACGUGGUCGUGGAGGCUGAAUGAAGCUCUCCUUCUGGAACCUGAGACGCGAAUGCAAAUCUCCCAGGCACUGGAACAAUAUUUCCGAGAUAACGACAUGCCAGAUACAUCCCCGAUUUCAAUAUGGGAAGCCCACAAGAGCGUCAUUAGAGGCACACUUAUUCAAAUAGCCUCCCGGAAGAAAAAGGUAGCCACGCGCGAAAUGUCAGACCUCUAUAGGUCAAUCUCGGAACUGGAACAACGGCACAAACGUUCUCGCCUACUGGAGACAUACGGGGAACUGACGCAGGCAAGGAGACGAUUGAAGGACCUCCUUACGAAGCGACACCUAAGAUCUCUACAGUACUCCAAGGGGUUCUUCUAUGCCCACGCUAAUAAAGGGGGGAAAUAUCUAGCUCGCCUUCUGAAAGGCAACACCCCUCGCACGCAGGUCCGUAGCAUAACACUCACAUCAGGCGCCACGACGAUCUUUCCGAACGAGAUCGCAGAGGAGUUUAGGAAAUACUACCACUCACUGUAUAAUAUUCAUGCCCACGACGGUCCCAACAAUCAAGAUGCAGAGGACGCCCGGAUACGAAAUUACCUACAAGAAUCCAUCAUGAGAACUAUCGCUCCAGAGGUGGCGGAGACGCUGGACAACCUAAUUUCCGAGGACGAACUCUCAGCGGCCCUGAAAUCGUCCAAGACGGGUAAAGCUCCGGGGCCGGACGGCUUUUCAGUUGGAUAUUAUAAAACAUUUUCCUCCAUUUUAAUGCCUUGGUUCACGAAAGCCAUUAACGCGGUCGCCACCGGGGAGAACUUCGGAGCGGAAUCUCAGGCAGCCAUAAUAACAGUGCUCCUCAAACCCGGAAAGGAUCCGAAGGCAUGCGGAAGCUACCGCCCAAUAUCUUUGUUGAAUGUGGAUGCUAAAUUAUUCACUAAAGCCUUAGCUACUAGACUCCGUUCUGUCCUACCGGAUCUCAUCCACGUGGACCAAACAGGAUUCAUACCUGGUCGGGAAGCUCGUGAUAGCACUCUGAGAGCAUUCGCAAUACAACAUGGGGCACGGACAACUAAGCGACCGCUUCUCCUCCUCUCUACAGAUGCCGAAAAGGCGUUUGACCGAGUGAGGUGGAGAUAUAUGCUUGCGACCCUCACCAAAAUGGGAGUUGGACACAGGCUCCUCACCUGGAUUCAGGCUCUAUACCACAAACCACAGGCCGCAGUUCGAGUCAAUGGGGCCCUAACCCCUGCCUUUACGAUUUCCAAUGGCACGAGGCAGGGCUGCCCACUAUCCCCGUUGCUAUUUGCUAUGUCCCUGGAACCCUUACUCCAAACUGUACGUAACAAUCCUGACAUUCGGGGAUACCCCUGGGAAGGGGUGGAACAUAAAGUGGCCGCCUACGCGGAUGACUUAUUUUUUAUCACAUCACCCCGAACCACAAUGCCAUGCCUGCUGGAAACAUUUGAGCAUUUCGGUAGAAUUUCAGGUUUUAAACUUAACUUGUCCAAAUGUGAGGUGCUUAACAUCACUAUACCCGACACUGAAUACCAGGCCCUAGAUCCCCUAUUUCCAUUCCGAUGGUGCCCCUGCAAGAUGAGAUAUCUAGGGAUCUGGAUCACAUCGAACCCGAAAGACCUCUACGCCUUGAACUUCGACCCACUAUUGAAGACAAUCCUGGCAGACCUGGGGAAAUGGACGUACCCACAUAUCUCAUGGAUCGGGAGAAUAGCAGUUCUCAAAAUGAACAUCCUACCCAGACUCCUAUACUCGUUUCAGACGCUCCCAUUAGCUAUACCCACACACUUUUCAAACUCGAUACGAUCAGCGGUUAUACGUUAUGUUUGGAAAGGGGAGAGGCCGAGGCUUCGACAUGAUUUGCUUUGCCUGCCGAGAUGUCGGGGAGGACUGGCACUACCAGACUUCAAACGAUAUCAUCAAGCUACAGUCCUCCAACGCAUAUUAGAAUGGCACAAUGUUCUACACCCGAAACAAUGGGUAGCCCUAACCAGAGACGGACGAGAAGCCCGUUUAAAGUCAGCUAUAUGGACAGGGGGUUGUGUAACAAGGGUUGGAGGAGAGUCAACAGGGAUUAUAGCUCAGACGCUGACCAGCUGGGCUCACAUAAGAGAUCAACCCCAUAUCUCCCCUGUACCAAGUCCGCUGCUUCCCAUCACUUACAAUCCAACAAUAGGAGGGGGCUUCCCGGCGACGGCGUGGCCAUUCGCGGAGGGCCGCGAAUACGUACCCAUCUCCACGGUUCUGCAGGAUGGCAACUUGCGAACUUUAAAUUCCCUCCGGUAUAUGCAGGUCCGCCACUACUACAACACCUUGAGCAAUAAAGAAAAACUACACAGGGACCGUACCUGGUUUGAAACGAGAUGUGAACGUGGCUCCUCACUAGACAAAACCGUAUCCACCUUAUACCAACAUCUCCUGGUGGGUAACCUAACGGAAAACAACACCUUCCGUAGACAAUGGGAGACUCUGAUGGAUACCACCUUUACCCCCCAACAAUGGGAGGGCGCACUAUUCUGGCAACACAAAAGCUCCAUUAGCACCCACUACCAAGAGACGAAUUACAAAUUAAUCGCACUUUGGUACAAGACUCCAAUAUUACUCCACAGAAUUUUCCCUACAAUACCACCGACAUGCUGGAGAUGUCUCGAGGAAAGAGGCACGAUAAUACACAUAUGGUGGGAUUGUCGCCUCAUAGUCCCAUACUGGGAGAUGAUCCGGGAGAAAAUAGCAGAGAUCUUGGGUGCAAUACCCGAGUGGGCGGCAACACUACCCCUUCUACAUAUUUCAACAAUGUCGAUUGCCGCAUACAAGAAAUCAAUUUUGCGUCAUCUACUUAAUACAGCCAAAGUUUUGAUCCCGCUAUACUGGAAACGGACGGAGACGCCCCGACUGGAAGAAUGGAUCCGCAGGGUGGAGGACAUUCAGGGGGCGGAGGCGAUCCAGGCUUCACUUCUUGGGAGGAGAGACAGACAUGCAGAAAUGUGGCGACCAUGGUAUACAUUCGUGUCUCAGAGCAACUAGAGAUAAGCAGCCUGUGGGGGGACACCCUGGGAGGGAGGGCGGCUCUCUGGGGCAUGGCCAUUUAUACCUCCUCUCACUCCCUCAAUUCGAACUGCAUCCGAGGCGAGCGACAACUCUUCUUUCCUCCACUUCUUUCCCUCUUACCCUAUUACUAAACAUUUCUUUAAUUUUCACUUAUAAUUUUUAACACAUAAAUGCACUUAUUAGGAUGGGGCAUGAACACCCCAGCAAAAGGAAACUGCCCUGUAAUAGGAACGCAUCAGACCAAAUAUGUACGACAAACACGGUAACAUUCAUCCCUGCCUAUUGGGAUUCUUGGAACGACCCACAAACAUAAGCGCACCCACCAUCCCCCUUUCCCUUUUGGGGUAAACUAGAGGAGACGGCCCACCUCCAGAAGGACCGCACACUCACCAGCAGUGCUCACGGACUCAUAAUGAUGCAUACAGGGAGCCAGGGUCGUCACACGAAGUCCCCUGAACUACCCUAGUCCAGCCUGGCACACACCUUGAGGGAGCACAACUGCGCGAGCUACCAAAGGACCCAUUAGCUGUAGGAUACGAUUAGGAACAUAUGACCAUAGGGGUGCUCGAUAGUCCCAAGAACUGAUGGUAGGGUGAUAAGGAUAGCUUCAUACCCCAUAGUGCUCUGACCAAAAGUACCUGUGUCUUUGCGGUCUUAAGAGUAAAUAGCUUCAGCCGUAUAAUGCUACUAUGCCAGUUGGAACCUUCCUAUAUAAUUUUACUUUGUGCACAAUUGUAUAACGUUUUAAUACCUGGGACCUGCGUGUCCAAACUGUCUCAAUUCUACAUCUGUUUGUAAUGAAGAUAAAAAAUACAAAAACUCAAUAAAUGAGAUUUACAAAAAAAAAUAUCUCCCAAAAUUUCAAAUAGACAAUGAGAGACUUUAAUUAUAGGGGUGUGAGUGAAGGUGUGGCUUUGAGAAACUUUAGUUGAUUUACUAAUAACAAUUUAUGGAAAUAAAAUGUAAUUUAGAACAAGAACAGUUUAUUCUUUUUGCAAAGACUUAUUUCUAAACCCAUUCAUUGUAGUUUUAAGACACAUUACUGUGAGUAUUAUUACUGUGGAGUUCUGUUAUACACAUCAGGCACACCAACAAUAUGGAACUCAUAGAAAAGAGGGACAGGUGGAUUUGGGCCUAAAAUUGGAACUGUCCUUCCUGAAUAGGGAGACUUGGGAGGUAUAGUUCACUUCUGUAGAACAUUCUAAUAAAUAUUAUUUUCCUUUUGUUAAUUUUAAAAGUGUUUUUAGAAUGUUGCAGUCUUAAACUGUAAGUGUGUACAAAUUGUUGUCUCUGUGAUAUGAAAUAUACGUGAAGUGGCUGCUGUUUGUUAAAAACAUGUGAUAUUCCCACACACCGACCGCUCGGACAGAAGUGUACCCGCACCAAGCGGCGACCAUCACCUCUGCUCUCCAACCACCCAAGGAAUGGGGCAGUCAUGGUCUUCUGGAACAUGCUGGUCGAUGGAGAUGGAAUGCCGGCCCCUGUACAAGCCCAGACCUGGUGGGGAGUCCCACACUGGCACAUAAACUUUCCUAGCUGCACAUCAACCCUGCCACUUAGGGGAGUUGGCUGACUCUGGCCUCUGGCCUCUUGCCCCACAGGGCCUUUACCUGACAUAAGCAGAAACCACAUACUAGCUCUCUAUGCUUAGUAUAUAGUUACUAUCACCCAUGCCAUUGAUAAAUGAUCAUUUUUCUUUUUCUUUACUCUUUCCACUUUAUAUGCACAACUAGUGUGGUACAGUGAUCUGGCAGCAUUGCCAGGCCCGGUGGCUUUAUCAGCUACGAGUCAUUGCCUUUUGUUUUCAUUUGAGUUAGUAGUCUUAUCUCAAGCAAAUUAAUCUGGCAUGUAUACACCACUUAUAAUUCUUAAGAUGUCAGUUUCAGUACUUAAAGCUUAGCCUGAUACAGUUCACUGACCUGCAUUAUCGUGUUACCUUUUGUCUAUAUACCAAAAAUUGUGCUAAUAUCCCGACUGCCACACUGUUCUGAUAUGUGUAUUACUGAUCCUGCCUUUGCUGUUGAGGCAAUGCAGGCCUGUUUGUUAAGUGAGCACAACUAAAUAAAGAAUAAAAAAUAAAUUAUUUUUUAUAACCUAAAUGUGAAGGCGUUUUACCUGUGUGAAAUGGCAGCGUCAUACAAAGCCUCUAUUAUCCCAGCAUGCUGUCUGCCUGCCAAGCGCUCAAAUGUUCCAUUUGGGAAACCAUACACAUCUGUGCAGUGCAGUGACAUAACUAAAAUUAAUAGGAAUCCUGUAGCCGUAUGCUUAACGGGAUAUGGCCUACUUCCAGUCACAAGUGUGAAUGCUGGGAGAGACUAUGCAAAUCCACAGCAAAUACAUUGUAGAUUAAAGGCCAACCUUUAACCCUGCAUAUCUGGCCUUGGAGUACUAUUAUUACAUGCUACAAUAGCACAAUACAAUUGAGUCAUUGGCAAAUUACAUAUUUCUGUAUGGUUAUACCUGGUUUAUCCCAACACUUCUACAAUAUUUGCAUGUUUUCUAGCACUCUCCUUUUCUGCUGUCUUGUUUAUCAUGCUUCAUGUACCUUUUUGAUACAAGGAGCAUGGGAAACAAGCCUAUGAUGGAGUACAGACUAUAUGUUUUGUUUAUUUGUUGUUUUUUUUUUUUUAUCCUUCCCCUGGAGUGGUAUAACAAGUGUCUUUAGAGUCAUGGUUUCUACAUUUUUCUAGCUGCACACAGUGCACUUUGAUGCGAUGGUUAAACCACAUAUAUACAAGAUCUGACUCACACUCCGUUUUAACAUGCUCAGUAAAAAAUACACAUUCAUGUGGAUAUAACUUCUAUUUGUUCGAGCCAAACUAUUAACUGGAAACAGUUAGAGAAAAGUCACAGCUCUUGAUAAAGGCGCGAUAUUGCACUGAGCUGACGCUGAUUUUUUUAUAUUGUCAGGAGGAACCCUUUACUUUUUAGACCAAUUUAAUGCUGAUAGUGAGAAUCUUUUGAGGCUAGAUUUAAAGGGACUGCCUUGAAGCAGUGUGAUCUAUGUAUAGGGAGGUUGUUUAAGAGGACUAGCUUUAGCUGUAUUGUCCCCUCCCUCUGCCCCCUGCAAAAUAAACCUUUGGAGACACUCUGGCUUAAACUGUCUCCAUAUUACUCCCUUAUCUUUCAGUGCCUGGUCCUUUCUGUUCUGUUAGGAGGGGUUGAGGCAGUGUUCCAAAUCGUUUGCUACUGGUUUAGCACUUGUGUAUGGGUUCUGCUUUAAAUGCAGGUUUAGUGAUUGUCAAGUAAUGGGAAGGCACUGACUAUUUUUUUUCUGUACUAAUUUGCAGAUGCAAAUCUCAGACAUUCAACUACAGGAAGCUUCCUACGACAUCAGUCAUCAUUGCAUUCUACAAUGAAGCCAUGUCAACGUUGCUCAGAACAAUUCAUAGUGUUUUAGAAAUGUCUCCUUCGGUACUUUUGAAAGAAAUUAUAUUAGUUGAUGACUUCAGUGAUAAAGGUACUUUACAUUUAUUGAUAAUUGGUAAAAUAUAUAUUCUGGAAUGUGCAAAGUCUGAUUCGUUUUAAUACUUUUCAUACGUUUAUUGUUACCUCAAAAGCUGGGCACAUCUAAUUUGUACUCGUGUAGUUAACCUUUUUCUUGGUGGUAGCACCCUCUAAUUGAACGUGUGCACCAAGGUUCACCCCAGAGUUCUAGUGGCAAGUUAUGGACUACUGGAAGGCCUGCGGGUACAACAAGACAGUGGUUGUCCUACGUGCAACUAUCAGUGUUGGUGCAUUUCCCACUGCAUUAUUUAGGAUAUACAGACUUUACAUGCAUUAUAAAGAGAUUGCUGUAACGGAGCUCCCUGUACUCCGACUGAGUACCCUCCGUUGACGGAUGCUCCUAGCGCUUCCUGAGGAAUCCAAGCACUGCAGCAGACACCACAACCACCGCAGACUCCGCAACCGCCGUAUCUUGACUGGAGUCUCGCCGUCUUCCUUCCACCCUGGAUCAGCUUCUGUCCUCCAGGACUGUGUGGGAAAGAACUCUUCUUUCCACCUUGUAUGAACCUCCAGCAUCCAGGACUGUGUGGUGAAUACCCCUCCUCGAAGGAGAGCGUGUCAGAAACAAGCUCUUAAAAGAGCUAAGUGAUUCAAGCUCAGGGGAGCAUGCAGAGCAUAGCAAUCCCCGGUGUGAUUAUAACAGCUCCCUCCAAUAACGAGACAAGGCUACGUUUAGAGGGAUCAAGAAGAACUGUCAAAACCUUUAUUUCCCUUGGGACCAGCCAAUAGGGUCACCACAAUAACAUUGUUGUGAAACCUCAAUAAAAUCACAAACAGUCAAACCAUAUCAAGCAACACACAGUGACUUAUCACAACACAAUGGCACAUUUUUAAAGGGGUGGGGGGAGACAAUAUUUAACAGUAAAUAUCUCACCUGCCUGCAGAAUUAGCAAUAUGCAAAUCUGGUGACUAUAGUGACUAUAGUGCUUGAAGCCAAUGAUUGCACUCACCAGAACAACUACAUUAAGCUGUAGUUAUUCUGGUGACUAUAGUGUCCCAUUAAUGUUCCUGCUGGAGGUCUAACUUCACCUCAGACAGGUUUAAUUAGCUAGCCGGUGCAAGAGAGCUCAUGCUAAUUCUGUAGAUAUCUACUGCAAUGACAUUUUGUCAUGGGCUGACACUCAAUGAAUGAACAUUAGUAUUGGCAUCCUGUUUCUACAGAUGGCACAGCUGCCUUUCUUGGAGGCACAGCACACAGGUGAGUGGCGAACUUACGGGUUUGCCACCUUACCAAGGAAUUGCACCAGGAUGCUACUGGCAUCAUAAUUAAUACAGAGUUAAAUGCACAAAUACAUUUUCAGGGCAUACCAUCAACACCCAUUGUUUCCCCUCACCUUUUUGCAGGUGCUUUCACAGCUCUUGCAAGACAAAAAUAAAAAUUUUUUUUUUUACAUAUUUAUAUAUAUAUUAGCCUUCACUAUUUCAUAUUAAUUUUAUAAUAUUAUAUGGGGCUCUAUAAUAACAUACGCUGGUUGCAUAGGUUAUGGUGCAAUGAGGUUCCUUGUCCCUUUCACCAUGAACAUGAUAUAUUCUAAUUGCAGUGAUUUACAAAUACUCUGCAGGUGUAUUUCAAGUGUAUGCCUGUCACUCUAGUGACUAACAUCAGAGGAGGCAGCAAUACCUCGUUCAUUGCCUGUCCAACAAUUUCUACAACUUCUGCAAAUUCCCACCUCAGCUAGCAGGCUUCCUCGUACCUUGCUUAUCUAAGUAUUCUUGGCAGUGGUUUAUGGCAUAAGCCCAGGCUCAACUGAAUUACUUUUAUUGCAGCAGCUUUAGGUUACUGCCUUUACCAAGACGUGUCAGUGUCUGACUGUGACAGCUUGCAUAACCCCAAUACUAUGAAUCAUCCGGUCACUUGGAAAUAAUUAGAGGGGUGUGCAAUAUAGCAUGCUUGAUUAUUCAUGGUUUCUUUAAAUGAUUACAUCAAUGGAAACUUGCUAAGUGCUUGUCAGGGAUAUGUUUUAUUCUAGUAGAGCAACUGGAACUUCAGCUGACACUGUUGUUCUGCCACCAUUUAAGUCAUUUCUCAAGUCCUCUAUAUGGGAAAACACUUUGGAACCUUUAGAAUGGAUUAAAUUAACACCAUUUAUUCUCCUGUGAUUUUAAGAAGCUAAACUCCAGACUGCUCAUAACGUUUAGUCCCUGUCCAUAUUACCCCUACUCAGCCUUCAUCAGGGACCAAAUAACUAAAGAAAAAUUUGAUGAGCAAUUAUUGAACUAUCCCCAACAAAUGCAGCUCAACAAGCACUUCAUAAACGUCUAGAUUUCUGCAUGCAUUUGUUUCCCCCCCCCCCCUCAAACAUUGAGUUGUAUUUAAAAGGACACUAUAGGCACCCAGACCACAUAAGCUCAUUGAAGUGUUCUGGGUGCGGUGCAGUUUCCCUAUGGUACUUAGUGCUGCAGAGUUUACAUUGCAGUACUAAGUCUGACUCCAGUGACUGUCUCCCAGACAGCCACUGGGGGUGCUUCUUGAAUACUAAUGGACCUUUGGUCCGGUAACUGAUGCUUGAUGUCCUCACACUCUGCAUGAGGACAUCCAGCGUCCAAUUUAUUUAUUUAGUUUUCCAUAGGAAAACAUUUAUUCAAUGCUUUCCCAUGGGGAGGCCUAAUGCACGCAUGGCAUUUGCUGCGCAUGCACAUUAGCGACCGCUCUUUGUGGGACAUUGGAGAAGCCGAGAGACAUCAGCGCUGGGGUAAAGUAAGUAAAUAAAGGGUUUUAACCCUUUAUUCACAUAAGCGGGGGCGAGAGGGAGAGGGGAGGCAGAGGGAGCUUUGUAUUCCUAGCCCUUAUAGUAUCCCUUUAAGCGAAUAUGCAUGCUAUGAGCAAUUUUAAAAUGUUUAGAAUGCAGUGGGUUUGAUGUUCAAUGUAACUCUGUUGCACGUAAUGUUUGUGUUUCAUUUGCCUGUCUAAGCACCACACCACAACAGCCCAUUGUUGUAGUUGAGGUAAUAGUAGGCUGUAGACUGUCUCUUAGUUGUUUGAAAAAGUGGGGGUACCCAGGCACCUGCAGGCCAUAUUGAUAAUACAGUAAUUAACUUUGCCAGUAGUAAGAUCUGUUUCAUCCAUAUAUGUAUGUAUUCAUUCAGUUAUGCCAAGUAUGUGUAGACAUUAUGCAGGAAUGAAUUAAUUUUAUAUCCUUGUGCAAAUUUUUUUCUAGUGUAUUUGAAGACUCAACUUGAAACAUAUAUCAGCUCCUUGGAACGAGUCCGAUUAAUAAGGACAAACAAACGUGAAGGAUUAGUGCGUGCACGGCUGAUCGGUGCUACUUAUGCCAUAGGUGAUGUGCUCACAUUUCUGGACUGCCACUGUGAAUGUGUCACUGGUUGGCUAGAACCACUUCUGGAGAGGUAUGUUAUAGACUGUAUCAAAAGAAAAAUUACAAUGGUACAAAAAAGUUAUUUUCUGAUAUUUAAUUUUGAUUUGUUUUGUUUUAUUCGCUUAGAUCUCCAGUUUAGGAAUUGCUUACUUCUAUUGCAAGAGACAUAGGCAUAAAACGUGUCCUGUCAUGCUAGACUAAGGGAAAAGAUUAUAAUUGAUUUAAUGGUUUGGCAUCCUGUGGAAUAAAAACAAAGGUUAUAGCUACCUGGAAACAUAUAAUGUGACGGCAGAUAAGAACCAUUCGGCCCAUCUAGUCUGCCCAAUUUUCUAAAUACUUUCAUUAGUCCCUAAAUACAGUAAAUACAGUAUUUUCCAGUGGGACACGUACAUAAGAAAGUAAUCCAAAAAGAUACUCAAAACACCUUUGUGAGUACCCUUCACCCUCACAUAAAAUUUAGAUAUACAUACAGUGUAAGGUGGAGUUUCUUCUGGUUACAGGUAAAUACAGGUAAAUUCUAAAAGUAGAACACAAAAUAACACUUGAUAGUGCAAUAUUGUCUGAAUAAUGAAUAUAGUGAGGAUAAAAUAUAUAGUAACACACUCACAAAAUUAGAGCCUGUAAUGUAAGGCUCAAUUUUCCAGCGCUGUGGGAUUAAGGAUCACCACUUCCUUCUUUUAGCUUGCCAGGGGAUGGAAAAAAUCCAAUGUCCUCUCACAUAUCGGUAUAAAGUGGUGAAAGUGCUUUAAUAGUAAAGUGCACAAAAUGAAAUAAAAAACAAGACCUUACAGUUUAAGGUAAUCUUGUUGGAGUAGUCUCUAGCUGCAAUACGCGUUUCGCCUCGUCUGGAGGCUUCCUCAGUUGCUCUGGUUGCUUGUAGUUCAUGAUCUAUAUUUAUAUCCAGUCUUUUGCGCCUUUUUUUUGGUCUCCUCUCUCUGUUCGCGGCAUUUUUACUUCCGCGUUCCACCGGUGGAACGCAUCAAUCGAGUCACUUCCGGUUUCGGCUUUUGCGUUCCACAGGUGGAACGCAUACAAUAUUCCUCCGUUUUUCAUGUGUUAGGGUGCAAAUGAAUUGUGCAAAACAGUCCAUAUGGGUAUAGGGAGGUAUAGGGAGCAUGAAAUUCAUAGUUCAUUAGUGAAAGAGAUAUAAAUAUAUAAUAAGCAUUCCCAACAAUCAGGUAAAGGGCAUAAACAUGUCAAACAUGCAAAUCUAACAGGAUGCUGUCUGGAGAGAAAAAAGAACCCUAAUGUAAAUCAGCAAAGGAAAAUAGGCAAGUGCUAGAUAAAAUGGGAAUAUAAUAAUAGAUAUGGCAAUAAAAGGAAUAAAAAAUAAUAAUAAUAAGAGUAGAAACCAUUUAAGACCACAUAAAAAAGCUAAAUGGUUAUGUAUUAGUACCUUAAAACAAUAUAGUUAAUGUAUUAGUACCUUUAGACAAUAUAUAAAAUUCUUAAUUAAAAGUGGCAAACUUCAAAGUCUAAAUUUAACCCAUAGGGGAUAAGGGUUUUAAAAGUGUAUAUAUAUUUCAUUUCUUCUUUACCUAAUAAUUUAAUGUAGUUACCCCCUCUCCAAUCUCUCUUUACUUCUUUAAUAGCACAGAAAAAUAAAUUCUCUGGGUUUUGGUUGUGGACAUCUUUAAAAUGUUGGGAUACGCUGUGAGUCUCCAAACCAUUCCUUAUGUUCCGUAUGUGUUCAGCGAUCCUAACCUUUAAAGGUCUAAUAGUUCUUCCAACAUAGAGUAACUUACAGGGACAUUGUAAAAUAUAUACAAUGCCCUUGGAGUGGCACGUAAGGUGGUCUUUAAUAAUGAAUGGUUUCUGGAUGAGAUCUUCUAAGUUUUCAAAGUGCCUUUUUGUUUGUUUGGUAAUUCUGCAUGGAAGACAUGUGCCACAUCCAUAAAAUCCUUUAAGAUCUUGAAGAAAGUGCUUAGGUUUUGUGGGGUUUAAAUGACUCUUGACUAAAAUAUUUUUAAAAUUCUUAGCUCCUCUAUACGUGAUUCUGGGUUUGGUUGGUAAAAUUUUAAAUAGGAUUGGGUCAUCUUUUAAUAAAUGCCAAUGCUUAUUUAUAAUUUUGUGAAUACGUCUAUUUUGUCCAUUAAAAUCGCAAAUAAAGGGGACUUCAUUGGUGUCUAUCUGUAUUGUCUUUGGUUUGUAUUGUAUGAGUUGUUUUCUCUUUAAUCUUCCGACUUCUUCUAAAUCUUGGUUCAAAGAUAUUUCAUUGUACCCCUUUUCCAAAAACUGCCGUUUAAUAUAAGUGGCCUGUUCUGAAUAAUCACUAUCUAGUUUGCAGUUCCGUCGAAUCCUUAGAAAUUGACUUUUUGGAGCAUUGUGGAGCCAAGGUUUAUGGUGACAGCUACUAGUAUUUAUGUAGCUGUUUGCAUCAACUGGUUUAAAAUAAUUACUGGUAAUUAUCGUCCCAUCUUCGAUCCUGAUGUUGAGAUCUAAAAAGUUUUAUGUUGGAUGCACUGUAAUUAUAAGUGAGAUGAAUUCCAUAAUCAUUGGUAUUUAACUGGGUUAUAAAUAAUUGUAAAUCUUCUAUGGUGCCAGUCCAAAUAAAAAAGAUAUCGUCUAUGAAGCGGCAAUAGGACACCAAACUCGCCCCCCACACAUGGUUUGAUAAUACCCAUGUUUCUUCCCAAAAUGCCAUGAAAAGAUUGGCAUAACUCGGGGCGAAUUUGGUGCCCAUCGCCGUCCCACAGAUUUGUAGAUAAAACGUAUUCUCGAACCAAAAAUAACUAUGGGAUAAAAUUAGUAAAAUUCCUUCUAAAAUGUAUUGAAUCUGUUCUUCUUUAAAAUAAGAUUUGGUUAAAAAAUGUUUUACUGCUGCUAUUCCCUUGUCGUGAGGUAUAAUACUAUACAAUGCAGUAACAUCGCAUGUAACUAAUGUAUUGCCCUCUGUCCAUUUAGUUUCUUCUAAAAUUUGUAAAAUAUGAAUGGUAUCUUUAAGAUAUGUUGGAUUUUUUAUCACAAUCGGCUGAAGAAUGGUAUCGAUAUAUUCAGAGAUCCUAGUGGAGAUUGAAUCUAUUCCCGAUAUAAUUGGUCUUCCUGGGGGAUUAGUAAUAUUUUUGUGGAUUUUAGGUAAUAAGUAAAAAACCGGUAUUUUUGGGUUAUCUAUCCACAAAUAAUUUGCUUCUUUUUCAGUAAGAAUUCCUAAAGUUUUUCCUUUUUCCACAUACUGUUUAAAAAUCUCCAUAGUGGCAUUAGUGGGAUUAUAUGUCAGUUUCUGGUAAGUCGAAGAAUCUGAAAGUAUUCUAUUUGCUUCCUUAAUGUAUGCCUCUUUGUCAAGAAUUACGGUUCCUCCACCCUUAUCCGCGGGCUUGAUUACUAAUUGAUCACUAUUUUUAAUGACAUUUAAGGCUUUUUUUUUUUUUUCCCCUAUUGAUAAGUUGUGUUUAUAUUUAUUGGUUCUCUUGAAUUUCUCUACAUCCUUCAUCACCAUAGUUUCAAAAGUUUGAAUAGCAUCCGAAAUUAGAUGUCUUGGGAAGAAUUGUGAUUUUGGCCUAAGUUGUGUAUGAAAAUAUUCAUUAUCAUGUUCUUCUUGCGGUUUAUUUUCUUUAUUAUAAAAAAAAUUUUUUAAACAUAAUUUUCUUUUAAAUAAAUUCAUAUCUACAAAAAAAUUAAAAGGGUUAAAAUCUGCCGUAGGUGCAAAUUUAAGACCUUUAUUAAAAAUAUUUGCCUGUUCUAAGGUAAAAGAUUGUUCUGUUAGAUUAAAAAUUCCUUCUAGAUUGAUGUCUUGCCUCUUUUCUCUCUGUGCUGGUCUCUUCUUUCUUCUCUGUCUCCUUCUUCCUCCAGGGACCUUUGUCUUUUCCCCUGUGAUUCCCAGGGUUGGGCAUUGUCUACCCAUUUUCUCCUGUUUUGAAUCAGGUCCCUCCGAAAAAAAGAAGGUGAUGGUGGAGUAUCUGGAGGGGAAGGGGUAUUCUCAUUUCCUUUUCUUUGUCCUCUAUGUUGAGGGAUUGGCUUCUCCUGAUGAUGGUAAAAGGACUCCUCCCUCGGAUGUUUUUCUUGUUCUUUCCUUUGGGCUCCUUCUUUCACCACAUCGCUAUAUUUUCUGCUGUCCUGAUUAUUGGUGGUGGUUACAAUAGACUCAAAGUUAGUACGUUGUUGUCUCCUCUGGAUCGGUAUAUGUUUAUAAGUUUUAGGAGAUUCAACAGUCUUAUUAUCAUAGAUCCUUUUCUUAUUAUGGUCUGGUUGCCAUCUAUUUUGUUGAGCUCCAUUUGUAUAUUUCUUUGUAUUAUUUUCAUAUGGAACUCUCUUACUUCUAUCAUAUUUUGUGUUUAUGUCGUAACUCUCUAAAGGGUUAUCUUUAUAUGGAAUUUUCCUACGUUUUUCCCAUUUAGUGUUGUUAUCGUUUCUCUCUAGUGGAUCUCGAAUAGUUAAUGGGUGUUGUGAAUAAUUAUCCUGACCAUAUUGUUUUCUUUUAACAAAAGUGUUCUGACGUAUAUUUUUUUUAUUUUUAUUAUUUCUUUUUCUUACAUUUCCUGUCUUGUAAUCGAUUGUGUCUCUCAAAUAUUUUUUCUUUUUUAUUUCAAUAAUAUCUAAUUCAAUUUUAUCUACUUUUAAUUGGAUUUCUUUUAGGAUAUCGUUAUAGAUUUCUGGGCUUGUGGAUUCUGCCAAACAAUUUUUCCAUUUGGUAAUUUCUUCAUCAAGUUUAGGGAGAGUUUCUUCUCUUCUUGCUACGAUAUACCCCAUUGUACUAAAUGAGAAGCCAUCAAGUAGUUUCUCCCAACCUGCCAUAAAGUGGGGGUCUUCUCUAUCGAAACUAGGGUCCUUGUCGAACCUGAGGCCUCUAGGGGUGAUUUGAUCUCGAACAUAUUUUUUAAGGGUUGCAAUCUCCCAUUUGACCUUCAUCUCUUUUAUAAGGUAUCUCUCUAAAUUAUAUCUGGAUUUGUUUUGAUCACUGUAUUGUGGAACUGAAUUUCGUUCUAUAGUUGUUUCAAAGCAAACAUCAAUAUUGUUAGUACGAUAUUCUCUAUUAUCUAAAAAAGACAUCUUAAUGUAGUGACCGCUUCAAAUACUGAGAAGGGGAUUGUAUAUAAAAAUACACAAUGUUAUACAAUAAAUACAGUAAAUACAGUAUUUUCCAGUGGGACACGUACAUAAGAAAGUAAUCCAAAAAGAUACUCAAAACACCUUUGUGAGUACCCUUCACCCUCACAUAAAAUUUAGAUAUACAUACAGUGUAAGGUGGAGUUUCUUCUGGUUACAGGUAAAUACAGGUAAAUUCUAAAAGUAGAACACAAAAUAACACUUGAUAGUGCAAUAUUGUCUGAAUAAUGAAUAUAGUGAGGAUAAAAUAUAUAGUAACACACUCACAAAAUUAGAGCCUGUAAUAUAAGGCUCAAUUUUCCAGCGCUGUGGGAUUAAGGAUCACCACUUCCUUCUUUUAGCUUGCCAGGGGAUGGAAAAAAUCCAAUGUCCUCUCACAUAUCGGUAUAAAGUGGUGAAAGUGCUUUAAUAGUAAAGUGCACAAAAUGAAAUAAAAAACAAGACCUUACAGUUUAAGGUAAUCUUGUUGGAGUAGUCUCUAGCUGCAAUACGCGUUUCGCCUCGUCUGGAGGCUUCCUCAGUUGCUCUGGUUGCUUGUAGUUCAUGAUCUAUAUUUAUAUCCAGUCUUUUGCGCCUUUUUUUUGGUCUCCUCUCUCUGUUCGCGGCAUUUUUACAAAAAUUACAAUGGUACAAAAAAGUUAUUUUCUGAUAUUUAAUUUUGAUUUGAUUUGUUUUGUUUUAUUCGCUUAGAUCUCCAGUUUAGGAAUUGCUUACUUCUAUUGCAAGAGACAUAGGCAUAAAACGUGUCCUGUCAUGCUAGACUAAGGGAAAAGAUUAUAAUUGAUUUAAUGGUUUGGCAUCCUGUGGAAUAAAAACAAAGGUUAUAGCUACCUGGAAACAUAUAAUGUGACGGCAGAUAAGAACCAUUCGGCCCAUCUAGUCUGCCCAAUUUUCUAAAUACUUUCAUUAGUCCCUAGCCUUAUCUUAUAGUUAGGAUAGCCUUAUGCCUAUCCCACGCAUGCUUAAACUCCUUUACUGUGUUAACCUCUACCACUUCAGCCGGAAGGCUAUUCCAUGCAUCCACUACCCUCUCAGUAAAGUAAUACUUCCUGAUAUUAUUUUUAAACCUUUGCCCCUCUAAUUUAAGACUGUAUCCUCUUGCUGUGGUAGUUUUUCCUCCUUUAAAUAUAAUCUCCUACCCACUUCUCCAUAUCCCGUAUUAAUGUCCUGAUAAGAGGUGUGUAAUUUUGUUGGUGUCAAAGAGAGGGGUCCGCCGUUAAGCAGAUUCCCAAAUAUUUAAUAUAAUCUGUCGCGAUACGUAUCUGAUAUGUCCUCCCUAUGUGCGCCGCGUCCGUAUCACUCAACCCAAUGGGGAGUGCACUCGAUUUAUGUAGGUUGACUCUGUAUCUGGCCACUAUGCCAUAAUCCAUCAAUAUCCUUGUCAGAGCAACCAUAGACUCUAGCGGAGCAGUCAGUGAUAACAGUAUAUCGUCCGCGAAUCCCGAUAUAACGUAUUUCUGCCCCCCUACUGUUAUUCCCUUGAUCUCCGGGGUUGUCCUUAUCUUGUGCAUGAGGGGUUCUAAGGAUAAUACGAAUAGUAGCGGUGACAGAGGAGAGCCCUGCCUUGUGCCAUUACUCGGUGGGAAAGGGAUAGAUUGCGCUCCCGUUAUCCGCACCUGCGCCUUGACAUUGGUGUACAGAGCUUGAAUGGUUGUGAUAAACUGGGCCGGCAUGCCAAAGUGGCGCAGCGUCUCAAAUAGGUAUGGCCAUUUGACUCUGUCGAACGCUUUUUCAGCGUCUGACAGCAUCAGUGUCGGGAUUCGUAGCCUAGCUUGUCGUCCUAUGAGAUCAAUGUUGCGUCUCGUAUUUUCAAACAGUUGCCUACCCGGCACGAAGCCUACCUGGUCCGGGUGAACCAGGCGAGUGAGAAUUGGGUUUAAUCUAAUCGCCAGUACCUUGGCUAGAAUUUUAGCAUCAUGGUUGAUCGAUGAGAUUGGUCUAAAAUUCUCUGGUAUUGAGUCAUCCUUACCCGGCUUAGGUAGCAAGACUAUGUUUGUUUGCAAGCGACAUUUCUUGAUCUGGGGUCCCCCCUUCCUGCAGAUCGUUGAACCAUGCUUCAAGGUGGGGUAAUAGCUCCUCCCUAAAAAUCUUAUAGUAGCUUCCAUCAAAGCCAUCCAGGCCAGGCGCCUUGUUGCUUUUUAAGGCUGAGAUCGCUGCGCCUAUUUCCUCUGCCGUGAUCUGGGUUUCAAGUGUUGCCGCAGCCGCCUCGCCCAGCUUUGGAAGAGGGAUUCCAGAGAGGAACUCUCGUACCCCCUCUAGUUCCCUCUGCGGGUGUGAAUCCACCCCCUGCGAAUGGUUAUAUAAUGCGGUGUAGUACCCCGUAAACACUUUGGCAAUUUCUGUAGGAUUCGUUUGGUAGAGUCCCGCAGCAUUCUUUGUAAUGUGUGUGUUCCGUUGUCGCGGUCUCAGUGCUCUUGCCAGUAGAGUAUCCAUUUUAUUGGCCUUUUCAUAAAAGGUCUGCCUAGACCAAACUAUGGCUCUCGUAGUGUCGUCAAGGAGCGUUACUCGUUUGGCAUAUCUGGCAUCUUGUACCUUCUUUAAAUUAACGUGUGAGGGGUCCAAAUUGUGCCGUUGCUCUGCCAAUCUCAAAGCAUCUAGUUGAGAUGCCACUAAUUGAGCUUUUUUCCGUUUCCUGAGUGUCGCUUCUCUAAUCAAUAUCCCUCGAAUGACGGACUUGUGAGCUGCCCAUAUUACAGCUCUGGACACCCCCGAUGCAGCUUCCCUUAGGAAGUACUCAUUUAGUUCUCUGCGGACGAUAUCAACUAUUUCCGCGUCCCGCAGCAGCGAGUUGUUCAGCCGCCAUGACCACGGGGUUGCUGUGCUUAACUUGUCCAGGGUGACAGAGAAAUCCGCGUGAUCCGACCAAGUUAUGGAUCCCACGGAUGACUCAGAGGCCCUAGAGACAACUUGGGAGUUUACUAAAAAGAAGUCAAUUCUAGAAUGUGUGGCUGUGAGUAAAAGGUAUAAUCUUUCUCAUCUGGGUGUUGAGCUCUCCAAAUGUCUAUAAGCCCUGUUUGUUGUAUGAAUGUGUGCAAUAGUCUAUCUUGUCCGGCACCUUCUGUGGGAUCAGGGAAUUCCCUUACAGGGUCCCCUGUCCACCGCCGGGGAUUGAGCCGCGUUGAAAUCGCCCCCCACGAUCACCAUUCCCUUCGUAAGUGUGUUGACAGUGUAGGUAAGUUCCUCCCAAAACUCCCUAGAUGGAUCGUUGGGGGCAUAUAAAUUGAGGAUAUGAAUUGCGUGGGAAUACAAGAAUCCCGACACUGAUACAAAGCGUCCCCCUGGGUCGAUUCUAACUCCACUAAUUCUGAUCGGGCACCUCCGAUGUAUCAGUAUGGCUACGCCAUUCCGUUUAUUGAGGGCUCUCGCUUCAUAUGUGGUAUUGUAUGUAUAAUCUUUGAGAGCGAAAUUGGCCGUUUUAGGUAGAUGUGUCUCCUGUAGGAAGGCUAUAUCUGGAUUCAAACGCUUCACUUCCCUAAACAUGAGCCGUCUUUUCUUAGGUGCAUUCAAGCCCUUAACAUUUAGAGAUAUCAACUUAAUAGGCAUGGGUAAAUCCGUGGUGUGCCACCCCAACCAACAUCCUGGCACCUUGAUUACUAGAUUGAGCCCCUGGACCUCCCCCAUCCGUUCCCCCGGGGAGUGUAAAGGAAGGGAGAGAAGAGAUAGGAUAGAAGGAGGGUAGAAAAAAGAGUAAGAAAAAGUAAACUUUGUACAUAAAUCGCCUGGGCUUACCUGUAGCCAGGCACGAUUGGGGUAAAUGUCCCGCCACCCCCAGUGCUUCGAAGAACCCUGGGGUGUACGGGGCAUGGACCAGCCAAUGUGGGCACUGUGUCAGUGCCAACUGAAACAUCAAGAAUAAACACCACCACCUAUGUGGCUUGUAACGAAUAUAAUAAAAACAGUAGAGCCGCCCCAAUGGGCGCAGUUAUCCGCCCAAGAUCCUCGCCCAUAUUUUAUCGCCCAUUAUUUCUUAUAUGGGAUAUAGGCCUCUUCCCCAUUUCUCUCCUUUUUCUUUAUGUAUUCAUCAUUUUUUCUUGCUUUUUUUUUUUUUCUUUUUUUUUACAUUAUGUCUUUCUUUUUUUUUUUCUUCUUUUUUAAGAUUUUCCUUUUUUUUCCAUUUUUUUCCCCUUCUUUCUCUUUCCCCUCUUUCUCUCUCCCCCCCUUCUUCUUCUCCCUUAUCUCCCUCCCCUCCUUCUCUUGCUAAUACCAGUAUCUAAUGUGGAGGGCCGCCAACCAGCCAUUCACUGGGGGUGGGCGGGUCGGAAGCCUCCGCAAAAAUCUGAGUUUUUUUUAUAAUUACUAAAUGUUAACUUUUUUUUUUACUAUUUUGGCCACAUCUGCGUAGUACCACAGUGGUUUCUUGAAUUUUUUGCUUUUACUGACCAGCCUAAUGCAAUUUUCUGUUGCCUUCAGCAGUGCAACUUUUAAAUAAUCCAAUUUCUCUUGGACUCCAUUUAAAUUGCUCCAGUCUGAUAAUGACUCCUCUACCCAUAUUCUAAUUUUAGAAAAGUCUGUUUUUUUUAAAGUCUAAAACUUUUGUUUUUGUGUGGUGUGACCCAGUCACUGUUCUUAUAUUAAACCACACUGACUGAUGAUCACUGGAUCCUAAACUUUCACCUACAGUAAUAUCUGAUACAAAAUCUCCAUUUGUUAACACUAAAUCUAGUAUGGCCUCUUUACGAGUUGGCUCCUCAACGACUUGUUUUAGAGACAAUCCCAGUAGGGAGUUUAGGAUAUCUGUGCUCCUGGCACAAGCAGUUAUUUUGGUUUUCUAAUUCACAUCAGGAAGAUUAAAGUCACCCAUGAUGAUAACUUCCCCCUUCAUUGUCAUUUGAGCUAUUUCCUUUGACUAGUAGAUUAUCUAACUUUUCUAUUUGUCCUGGGGGGCCUAUAAAUCACACCUACACGAGUUACUGUGUGAUUACCAAUUUCUAACGUAACCCAAACGGACUCUAUGUUCGCCUCACUAACUUUUCUUGGGCUAGAUUUUAUGCUAUCUUUCACAUACAGGGCCACCCCCAUUUCCUGCCUUCCCUGUCUUUUCUAUAUAAAGAGUACCCUAGUAUUGCUAUGGCCCAGUCAUUUUUCUCAUUAUACCAUGUCUCAGUAACAGCGACUAAAUCUACAUUAUCAGUUGCCAUUAUUGCCACAAGUUCAUGGAUCUUAUUCCCUAAACUGCGAGCAUUUGUAGACCUGACUCUCAUCUUAUCAUUUUUUAACACACUUGCUACCAGCACCUUCUGUCCUUGUUUUGGGGGGCAAUUGGAUUGAUGUUUUAUCACCCUUUUGCUCCCCCUCCUAGUUUAAAUACAUCCUAGCAAAACCUCUGAACUGCUCACUGAUAACAUUUGUUCCCCUUCAAGAAGGAUGCAAACCAUCUUUUUUGUACCAUUUAUUUCCAUUCCAAACAGAGCUACCAUGAGAAAUAAAGCCAAAUCCUUGCUUCCGACACCAUUCACCAAGCCACAAGUUUAAGUCCCUAAUACGCAUCCGCCUGUCGUUCUGAGUGUUAUACACAGGCAGAACUUCAGAGAAUGACAGUGUGGAAGCAACCUGCCGUAUAUCAUUGGCAAAAACACUAAAAACUUCCUUAACCUCUGAAACCUCAUUGCAAGCCAAGUCAUUUGUCCCUAGAUGGACAAGUACAUCCAAUUCCCCUUCCUGCUUUGCUCGCUUAACAAUAUUACAGAUACGUCUCCUGUCUCUGUGAGCAGUAGCUCCGGGAAGACAUCUCACAAGACCACCAUUUUCCAUCUCCACCCCUCUUAUGAUGGAAUCCCCCUCCAACAACAACUUCUAUUAGGCCUCACCAUAGUCUCCAAGCCUGUCUCCACUACACCACUACACUUGGUGCCUGAGCUUGUCUCAACAACACCACUACACUUGGUGCCUGAGCCUGUCUCCACAACACCACUACCCUCCGUGCCUGAGCCUGUCUCCACAACAACACUACCCCCUGUCCUUGUCUCCAUAACACCACUACACCUGGUACCUGAGAAUGUCUCCAUAAGAGUUUGUUUACCAGAUAAUUUACAAAUCUCAGAUUUCAAAAAUACAAUCUCCUGCCGCAAUAUAGAGAACGGUCUACAGAUUAGACCGCAUCCAAAUCUCCAAAAAGUGGAACGUGAAACAAAUGCAUAACAACUAUUACACUGAACUAAAUCUGACAUUUCAAUGAGGUAAAUAAUUUAAAUCAAACAAAUCUUACAUUUUUGUCCUCCUGAAUACCUCAAAUUACCUCCAGUUUAUCUCCAGAAUAUCUCCAACCACACACUUAGAAGCAGCACUCUCCAGAAUAUCUCCAACCACACACUUCGAAGCAGCACUCUCCAGAAUAUCUCCAACCACACACUUAGAUGAAGCAACCAAGCUAUAUAAGCCAAGCUAAUGACAACAACCCUUAUAGAACUCCUAAAAGCACCACCCACUAGGAAUGUUUAACACCUGGGUAGGCCUAUGCUUAUUUGCAAACAAUAGCUAAUUAAGCAACAAUCAAUAGUAAGUAUUUAGCAAAUGAAAUCAAAUGCCUUACUAAAUUACCAACAGGAAAUCAAACCUUGUACAAUCAGUAACAUUUUCCUACAGAUGAAUCUUACCUGUAACAGUAGAAAAGAAAACUCCUAGCAAAAUCUUAGACAGUUGAAGCUUCUGUAAAACUCUCCAGAAUAUCUCCAACCACACACUUAGAAGCAGCACUUAGAUGAAGCAACCAAGCUAUAUGGAACUAUGAGAGUAUGAUGAUGAGAGUGUUUAGUUAAGAAAAGUGUAAGCAAAGUGGCUUACAACAGAAUGUAAGAGACAUUCAUUCAGUGAGAUUAGACAAUGGUUUAAAGGGACCCUCUAGGCACCAUAACAAUUUAAUCAGUUAUGGUGCUAAGAGGCUCCUGGCGCCGACUUACCAUUAGGAAUUAGACUGUUAAUGAAUAACUUAACCCGUAAGUGUUGCAUCCAGCCCUCUUAGAUCUGCCUCUCUACUUCCGCUUUUGUCAAGGCUUGAAUCCGGAAGCUGUAAAAGGGUCCGCUACUGAUUGACUUAAAGCAUCAGCUGACCCAAUCAGUAGGUCCCCAUUAACAAAACUGCUUGAGAAAAAUAUGCACUUCUCAAAUUUCUCAAGCCAUUUUUUAAAUGGGGUGCAAAUGAUUUAUUUAGUGUCACCUAACACAGCCAAUCCUCUGUUCCACUGUCCUAAGCUUCUUGUUUCAAGGCUCUAUUAAAAGUGAAAGGAGAGUGGCAGAGCUAACCGGCAUUAAAUCCAAUACUUUGGGGUUAAGCCAGGGCUCAACAAAUCCCAGGCACCAUGGCGACUAGAAAUUUUGUCAUGGUUCCUGAGAUUUUUUUUCCUGACAGCCCUUUAGCAAAGGCAGUUGCCCACACAGGGUUGCAUGGUAGCCGACUGCCAGCCUGGGGUUGCGUGGGAAGCGGUGAGCGAGGGAGCAGUAAUCUUCCUGCAGUUCUACUAUGCUCACUCACUGUUUAGUAAUGCCCAGAGCCAGAAUAUGUUGUCACUACAGAGUGCACACCGGCGAACAGAACUGCAGGAAGAUGAUCGGACAAGUCCCACUGGACCUUAGGAAAAGAUCAACACAGCUCUAGCAAAGGUAGGGAGGGUGGGUGGACAUAAAUGAAAAGAAAAUGUGUGUGUGUGUGUGUGUGUGUGUGUAUUUGUCCUCUGUGUAUGUCUGCCUGUCUCUCUCUCUCUCUGUGUCUGUCUGUCAGUGAGUGUGUCUGUUUAGGUUUUACGUUACAACACUAAGUGCAAUAGAGACACAGCACCCAGACCACUUCAGCUCACUGAAGUGGUCUGGGUGCCUACAGCUUCCCUUUAAUGUGUUGAAGGAGACCAGUGCUUGUAAAUAUAUGACAUGUUUAUUGUAGAGUUACAAACCAGUUUCCAUAGCUUAUAUUGGAGAUAUGUGCUGAUGCAGAUAAGUAUUGAAACCAGUCUUGGUCUUUGAGCCUUUCAGUAGAUAGCUUCCUGAUACCGUGGGAAUUGGGGAGCUAUUUACUAAGCAUCUGCAAGAUGCAGAGUCGGCAAAAUUAGGAUUGGCAUUUCAUUCAUUCAAUGAAAUUCCGAUCCGAAUAGAAAGUACAGAAUUGCAUCCUAACAUGAACGAAAAAAACUGUUCUCAUUCUGUUGGGGCGAAAUUCUAUGUCUAUGUGACAGGACGUUCGGGAAUACUGAGAGGAAGCAUCGCGAGAUCACUGAGGAAAGGGUGAAUAUUGUGGGAAAAUUUCUCUGACCCGCAGGAAGUAGGUCAGAACUGGUCAGGCGUAGGAAAAAUACAUAAUAGAAAGUAGUCCCUACUUUGUCUUAUGUUUUAAAGAAAACUAAAUCAGAUAGGAAGAAACGUUUAACAGAUCCUGAGAGAGGGAGAGAAGCGGAAGCGAUUGGGAAAAGGUAAGUUCGGCAUGACCGUGCCGCUUUAAUUUGCUUAAAUGGGCAUUUGUUUUGUGUGUAUUUUUAUUUGGUUUUUUUAAUUCCACCUUAUGCUAGAGAUUGCACACUUUCAUUCUGGUAAUAUGUAAUAAAAGUGAGGUCAAAUAUUUUAUCAAGGUUAUUAGAGGUGUGGCAAGAUGUUUUAUGGGAUGGUAAAAGUAGUUUAUAAUGGAAGUGUUGUAUGUUGGGUGAUCAAAAUUUUCUUGUUUUAUUGCACUUUCCAAAUGUAGGAUUGCGGAAAAUGAAACUGCAAUUGUCUGCCCAGUGAUUGAUACCAUUGAUUGGAACACGUUUGAGUUUUAUAUGCAGACAGGAGAGCCAAUGAUUGGAGGAUUUGACUGGCGUCUGACCUUCCAGUGGCAUGCAGUCCCCGAGCAGGAGCGCCAAAGACGGAAAUCCAGGAUAGACCCAAUCAGGUAAUGCUCUUUACUAUCAGUUUGGCCAAUCUUCAGCAAAGACAUAGUCCAAGAAUUUGACAGCUGGGACAAGACCAACUUUUGAUUAUUUUAAUUUUAUUUUUAAUAAAAUAAAAAAAUAUUUUUUAAUAAAUAUGUAAGUUUGCUAAUGUUUCUACUAGAAUAAUAUACAGGUGAAAUUACAAGAUUCUAAAUUUGAAAAGUGUUCUGUAUCAUGGCAGGUACACUUGAAGAGAAACAGAAACUUUGUAGUGGAUUUUGUCCAAAAUUUGGAUAAUCUAGUUUGUGCAGUAUAAGUCAUAUAUUUUUCAUCUACAUAUAUAAGAUGUAGGCAUCUGCUUUAAAUUAAAGAAAUUAUGUUUUUGCAUAUAAUUUGAGGUUUCGGGGGGAUAGCAUCAUCUUUUUUUAGUAAGGCAGUACGUUACUUAUACAGCUAAAUAAAUACGUGAUUCAGACUUUGCUUAGUUGGCUCUGCAACUUUGAUUAAUAAGAUUUUUAGUCUAGACAAACUCUAAUACUGACAGAAAUACCGGAACAAACGCCUUCACGUCACGCUCUUGCUGGGAUCAUGUACCCACCCUGGGCGUCCCCUUUCAUUGCUAAAGCUCUUAAGAUAUUUAAUGUGAUUGAAAUGUUUAUCUGUUUCAGUGCUUUUCUUCUGACUCAAAAGCAUUAGGUAAAUCUUGAAAAAGAAAAGUAUCAAUCAUCUGAUUUGCAAAACUAGAUAUAAUAUAUUUACUGAAAUAUUAAUGAUUUCAAAAUCACAAAAUAUCAAGCAGCCCUCAACAACAGCCCAGGCAAUUGAAACUAGACUUGUCCAUUAGUGCCACGUUUGUGCCGUUUAAAUCUAAUUUCUGUCUCUUUUCUUUGUUUUCAAGUUAUUAA